AUGACCCAGUCCGAAUACGCCGAGCUCGGUACAGACACGCGGACCCCACUACGUCUCCCGCGCGUCCUCGUGCAUCCGCUUACUGACAGCGCUAUCGAAACAUAUACUGUUGGCGGUGCCAAGCUUGGACACUGGCGCCCGCCUCCAUCCGUGGUAGGAUCGGACGCAUGCGCGACCGUCAUCGCCGAUCUCGGCCAGGUCAACUUCCUGACCUACACGGCGUGGCGGUACGACUCGACAACCUACAUGGACAACCUUUAUCACCUGUGCCGGCUCCUCCAGUGUGGCGAGGGGGGUUCACACGUGGGCGUCGCGGACUUUGACUUGGCCCACCUCCGACUGCUUGUGGGUAGCGGAUAUCCGAUCAUUGCGAAUACCGUCUCCGCUUCUCUGCUGGAUGGACGGUAUGCCGAGAUGGCCGACUACUGCCGCGUGAACGAGAUUGCUAUUAUCGGGUACGGCGUGACGUUGGGCGGCUUCAUUGGGGAGGAGUGGGUCGGCAAGCCUGAGCCCCAACUCUCCAGCCUCGAGGAUGAGAUGAAGAAGUGGAAGCGCGUCAUUGACGCUGCCGGUGGAUGGGGCGCGUUCCAGCGCGUCCUUUCCGCUGUCGCAUCCGUUGCCAAGAAACAUCACACGUCGUGCGCAGCCGUGGCGGUGCGACACGUGCUUGACAGCGGGGUUGACAUUGUAUCGCUCCCCAAGCCCGUUGAGGGGGUGUUUGAGGUCCCCCUCGACGCCGACGAUAGGUGCAUGCUCGCGUGUUCGACUGAGCACCUGGCGAGACUCCCCGGCGGCUGCGGGGACGAGUUACGAUUUGCGCCGUUCCUCACUUCCUCGGGCGAGAUGCCCACCGAAGCUCUGACACCAUGGGAGCAACCCGCCAAGCGCGCACAGGUCCAGGCGAUAAUCAACAAGGGCGGGCGGGUAGAGUACAUGUCCGGGUCGCCGUGGGAGCAUGUGGUCGGCUACUGCCGCUCUGUGCGGCACCUUGACCGCAUCGUCGUGUCAGGAACGACGACUAAGCCGCACCCCAGCGGGAGGGGGGUGAUCGGCGUAGACGCUGAGGACCAGGCGACCUUUGUGUUCGACAUUAUCCGCGGCGCGAUCGCUGCGGUCGGCGGAUCCCUUGCCGACGUCGUGCGCACUCGUAUCUUGUAUGCUAACGUUGAGCGCGAUUGGCUCAUGGUCGGCCGCGUGCAGGAGCGCGAGAUCAUGGCACGCCACGGCGUUCUUCCCACCAACACUAUGGUGGGCGGACUCACAUACGUCGUUGGCGAGGAUGCGCUGCUCGAGAUCGAGGCAGAGUGCGUCAUGGGCUCUGGGAGCGGUGAGGUUCUUCGUCUCGACCCGCGCGACUUGUAG